AGCUCACAGAGAUCAUGGCUGUUGCUUUUGUUCUCACCCUGGCCCGUAGUUGUAUCAACAUGCCUUCCGUCCUGCUGCUGGAAGCCAUCUGCAUUUGCCUGUUGGCGGGAGCACCCCCUUCCCUCCCUCUUCAGGAAGUCCACGUGAGCAGGGAGACCCUGGGGAAGAUUUCAGCUGCCAGCAAAACUGUAUGGUGCUCCGCCGCGGUGGACGUCCUGUUUCUGAUAGAUGGCUCUCACAGCAUCGGGAAAGGGAGCUUUGAAAGGGCCAAGCACUUCGCCAUCACGGUCUGCGCUGCUCUGGACAUCCACCCCGAGAGGGUCAGGGUAGGAGCGGUCCAGUUCAGUUCCGCUCCUUGGCUGGAAUUCCCCUUGGACUCCUUGUCAACCCAACAGGAAGUGAAGACAAAACUCAAGAGGAUGGUUUUCAAAGGAGGGCGCACCGAGACAGGCCUCGCUCUGAAAUACUUUCUGCGCAGAGGGUUCCCCGGGGGCCGAAAUGCCUCUGUGCCCCAGGUCCUCAUCAUCAUCACGGACGGCAGGUCCCAAGGACAGGUGGCACUGCCGGCCAAGCAGCUGCAGGAGAGAGGGGUCACUGUGUUUGCCGUGGGCGUGCACUUUCCCAGGUGGGAGGAGCUGCACACGCUGGCCAGCGAGCCCAGGGAGCAGCACGUGCUGAUGGCCGAGCAGGUGGAGGACGCCACCAACGGCCUGUUCAGCGCCCUCAGCAGCUCCGACUUCUGUACCUUCGCCUCUCCAGACUGCAGGGUCCAGCCUCACCCCUGUGAGCGCAAGACGCUGGAGACGGUCAGGGAGCUGGUCGGCAGCGGCCUGUGCUGGAGAGGAUCGCGGGGGACCGAUGGUGUGCUGGCUGCCCCCUGCCCCUUCUUCAGCUGGAAGAGAGUGUUCUUAACCCACCCUGCCACCUGCUACAGGACCACCUGCCCAGGCCCCUGUGACUCGCAGCCUUGCCGGAAUGGAGGCACGUGUGUUCCAGAAGGACUGGACAGGUACCACUGCCUGUGCCCGCCGGCCUUCAGAGAGGAGGCUAACUGUGCCCCGACGCUGAGCCUGGCGUGCAGAAUCGACGUCCUCUUCCUGCUGGCCAGCUCGGCAGGCACCACGCUGGAGGGCUUCCUGCGGGCCAAGGCCUUUGUGAAGCGGUUUGCCCAGGCAUCACUGAACGAGGACUCCCGGGCCCGCGUGGGUGUGGCCUGGUACAGCGGGGAGCUGGAGGUGGCAGUGCCCGUGGGCGAGUACCUGGACGUCUCGGCAGGCACCACGCUGGAGGGCUUCCUGCGGGCCAAGGCCUUUGUGAAGCGGUUUGCCCAGGCAUCACUGAACGAGGACUCCCGGGCCCGCGUGGGUGUGGCCUGGUACAGCGGGGAGCUGGAGGUGGCAGUGCCCGUGGGCGAGUACCUGGACGUGCCCGACCUGGCCCGACAGCUGCUCCUGCUGGGCCUGGGCAGCGAGGCUGUACGGGCAGAGCUGGAGGAGAUCACGGGCAGCCCAGAGCACGUCAUGGUCUACGCCGACCCGCAGGACCUGUUCCACCAAAUCCCGGAUCUGCAGGGGAAGCUGUGCAGCCGGCCGCAGCCAGGUGAGACCCAGGGGCCUGUGCCCAGAGCAGCCUCGGCCGGACCCAGGGCCGGUGGCCAGUGGCGGCCCUUUCUUAUGUUGCUCCCACUGAACCAAGGCCUGUGUCUAGGGGCUGGAACCCCUUUCAAUAACAUGGGAUCAAUAAUAGCACCUCCUGGUGGGCUUUUGGCCGUCCCCGCCCAGAAGCUGAGGGACAAUGGCGUCUCUGUCUUGGUGGUGGGCGUGGGGCCCGUCCUGAGCGAGGCUCUGCGGAGGCUCGCGGGCCCCAGGGACGCCCUGAUCCACGUGGCGGCCUACACGGACCUGAGGUUCCACCGGGACGCGCUCAUCGAGUGGCUCUGUGAAGAAGCCAAUCGGCCCGUCAACCUCUGCAAACCCAGCCCGUGCAUGCACGAGGGCACCUGCGUCCUGCGGAACGGGAGUUACCUCUGCGCGUGCCGAGACGGCUGGGAGGGCCCCCACUGUGAGAACCGUGAGUGGGUCCUUGCUCCGCGUGGGUGAGCUGGGGGUGGUGUUCUGAGACCGGCUGAGCCCUGGGAGGCUCAUUGAAGGCAGGCUCGAGGGCGUUGGCUCCGUGGAAGGAAUCCUAGCAUCCUUUGUUCAUUCACACAGGCAGCAUGUAGCUCCGGUCUCCUGCAUCCCCGGUAUUGUUCUGGGGACGAUGGGUGUGGGGAACAUGAACAGUGAGAAUGCCUGCCCUUGUGGGAGCAUCCAUGUGCGGGGGAGACAGGACAUAAGCACAGCAUCUGGUGUCCCUGCUGGUGCUCAGCACACUGGAGCAAAGUCAUGGGGCGGGGAGGGAGGCCUCGGUCAGGAGCCCCGGAGUGACUGGCUGACGAGGACGUGGGCCCCGACACAGGAAGGUGGGUGGAUGCGGUGGAAGCUGGUGGGAGUUCUUUUUUGAAUGUUUCUAUUUGCUCAGUGAAGUGGGAGGAAUCAGCUGAGCGUGAGGAUGGGGAGGAGGUGCAGGAGGUUGGCGGAAAGAAGUAACCAUCUAAGAGAGGGGACCAGACUGAGGUCCUAGAGAAGGGCUGCUGGGCAGCACUGCGGGCCCACCUGGGGCUCCUGUUAUGAUUUUAAAGUUAGAACCCCGAGACCAGAAGGUGGCUCCCCUUGGAGCUUGGGGUCUCGGCCACGGGCAGAGGUGGGCUUCCUAAGGCGGGCAGUGAAUCUGAAGGGCCCUCAGAUAGGACCUUUGGUCUGGCCUCUUCUGCUUGUUCUUAACCCACAACCAAGACAUGCGGGGGCCCGCACGGCUGCUAGUAGGGUGAGGACCAACACUCAUGGCCUCACGGCUCGCUUCUUCCCAGGGGCCUUGAGAGGAGAUGCCCCCAAGGCAGGAGGGCGGCCGCCCAGCCCGUCCCGGCAACUCCGGAGGCCUGGGCACCCCGGACGCUGAAAGGACGCCUGCCCUCGGCGGAGCAUCCUCAUGACGGUCCUCUGAGCGCCUGCCUCCAGCUCUGUCCGGAGCCCGCCACCCGGGGAGCAGCGAUGUCCCAGCUGCAGACAGCGCCUCUCGGGGACUUGGUAGCAGCUGAUUUCACUCGCUAAUGAUGGUGUUGGAAACUCUUGACGUGUAAGUAAACAUUUCCUUUCUAGUUGUGCCCCGUUGAGCUUGUCGCCGUCCCCUUCCCCCUGAGGAAAAACAGGAACCCGGAGACUUUUGAUGGCCUGUGGGCAGCUCACGCGGCCAUUGGCCAAUGUUGGGACAGCGAUGCUCAAGAGGAGGCAGUGACUAGCAUGUCGUUCGGAUCACCGAAGCGAUGGCAUUUCGAGAUGGAGAAAGUGCAGAACUUCUUCUUUCCCGAAAGACGUCCUAGAUGCGUUCGUGGUUUUUGUUUGAAAAGGGGCUUGAGCGGCAUUUGUGACCUCUGGUGACUGGCUCUGUGUGGGGGGAGACGGGGAAAAGGCCCAGAUUGGACAGUGACCGAUGAACCAGCUUGUUUGGCUCUGGGGCUGAGUGUGCAAACAGCCCUGGUUCUGGGGGGGCCACAUUCUCCUUUAGAGUUUACUUGGGGGGGUCACUGUGGGGUGUUUACCGAGUGCUUUUCUUACUCUCCUUUUAGUGGGGGUGCAAAGAGCAAUGGAAUUCUUAAACUCAACAGAUAGAGAAUAAAGAAACUUAGAACGGU